CAUCCGGCGUGUGGUUGAAUUUUGUUUUUUCGUCCAUAAGGUCCAAAAUGAAUACGUUUUUAGCCAGAUUGAAUACCAUUUUCGCCUUCACAUUAACGGUGAUGGCAGUACUGACAUUUCUUUGUUUCCUGUCCACGGCAUUCAAGCUCAACUUGACGAAAGUGAAGCUAAACACAGUCAAAGCGAUCGUAAAAAAUGUGCCAGACUACAGUCAAGGACGUGACCGUAGUGACCUUGGAUUCCUGACAUUUGACCUCCAAUCAGAUCUGAAUGAAGUUUUCAACUGGAAUUGCAAACAGCUGUUCCUGUUCCUGACUGCUGAGUAUGAGACAAAAAAUAACGCGGUGAACCAGGUUGUGUUAUGGGAUAAGAUCAUCCAGCGUGGGGAGAAUGGCAAGCUAGACUACAAGAGUAUGCACACAAAAUACUACUUCUGGGAUGAUGGCCAUGGCCUCAAGGCCAACAAUAACAUUACUCUCUCGUUGUCUUGGAACAUCAUACCGAAUGCUGGUGGCCUUCCCUUGGUGAAAGGAGACGGUUCCCAUACAUUUGGUUUCCCUAAUGAAUAUGCAUCAUCCCGGGUGUAAAAUAUUUGAUUAUUGAGACUUGAGCAUCCCUUCCCUAAGUCAGUCCUGCCAUUGACCCUGUACAUCAUAACAGAACUUGCACAAGUGCCAUCUUUAGAACCGGUGGUGAACUAAACAUUAAGGCAUUGUUAUUAGUGUGAUCAGUUCUUUAACUGGAUGUAAGUUGUCAUUACGCUGCUUUGAUUAGCAACACCUGAGGGGCUACACUGCAUGGUAAAGUUCGGUAUGUUUUGUUAGAAAAAUGAAUGAAAAUUGAGGGAUGGCUGGCCACCUAGUUUGUGGUGGUACAUACACAGGGUCAGAUGUUGCCUGCCUAAAACAAUGGAAGAGAUGUUCAAGUCAAUUGUAAAGUUCUUUAUCAGAAUGUUGUCCAUCAUGGUUGUCAAAUUAGUUCUUGUUUGUAUAUUUUCGUUGGGGCAAAAAUGCCAUUUGGGAGAAAAUAGGGUGUAUUUUGUCUCAUGCUGUAGAUGUAUGUUCAACUAGGCCUCUUUCUAUUUGUAGUUCAAUGUAUAAAGGACACAGUGUAGAGGUGACUUUGGCCCAAGCUUGAAUUAUGCAAUGUGAAUGUACAUGUGUAUUUCAAUUGCUCAUCAUCAUGGACAACAAUUUGAUUCAAAACCAUUCCUUUGGGGGCCUUCUUUUUUCUGUCAACGAAACGUAAUGUGGGUUCAUUUUCAUUCCACCAUGAAAAACAUUUGAAGGAUAAAAGAUUUCGAUCAUUUCAUUGUCAUAAACUUCGAUACGAAAAUAGAUGAGUCUUUCUGCAGGACGGAGCCCUACAGAAAGAGUGAACAGAGACCUAAUGUAAUAAUCAAAAGCACCACUGAUGUACUACCAUCGCCAUCUUUUGUCAGAAGAAAUACGUGUUUUCCCUGAAUCUGUUUUGUGCUGUGGGUGUGGGUAUAUUCAAUGGUGGUGUUGGCAAAAUAAUCUAAGAAUUUUUUCCUUUUCCUUCUAAUUUUCUUCUCGACAACAUAUUUUUUUCAAAUUUGAACUUUGCAUUUGGAGCAAUGCCUUUAGGGCGCCAUAUAUUUCGCAAUAACAUAACCAUGACGAUGUGAAAAACAUCGUCAUAGUCCAAAAAGAAGCUCCGAGUGCUACAUGUAAAUGACAUAGAUGUGUCACAAAACGAGACAAAGUCUUCAUUAUUAAUCAUUUUGACGUUGUCUUUUGCUCCAAUGGUGCAAUAUUCAUGUUGUAUAUCAAGAAUGACAUUGAAAAUCAAAUACAUGUUUUAAAAAGAAACCAGUAAACAUCAUGUGUAUUUAUAAA